AUCACCCUGAGAGAGAAUUGAGAGAGAGAGGGGAAAAGAGUGGGGCCUGGGCAGGCCCGCGCCUCUUUCCCGCCUCAUCCCGGAUCGAUACCGGGCCAGGUAGAGGCGGAGAAGGAAAGGAAGCCUCCCCGAUGAGGUUGCCAUCCCUCCUGGGGUUCAGCUUUUGAUUGAUCCAUGUGAAGAUUGUUCCGGCAACAUCUGGGAAAUCCCUAACAUUUUAUUCUGUCUUCUAAAUCAUACAGUGGGUUUAAAGAAGAGCCUGUCCAAAUGAGCAAGGUAUCACAGCAGAACACAACUGCAGAAACCAAUGGAGUAAGUGUCAUCUUCACCCAAGCAAACACCAGUGGGUUGCAACAGGUCCCUCAGUUGGUGCCUGUUAGUCCUGGAGGGGGAGGGAAAGCCACACCUCCCAGCAAGCAGGGCAAGAAGAAUUCUGCCCUCGACAGGAGCAGUGAUGAGUACCGCCAGCGCAGGGAACGAAACAACAUGGCUGUGAAAAAGAGUCGCUUGAAGAGCAAGCAGAAGGCUCAGGACACACUCCAGAGGGUCAACCAGCUUAAAGAAGAAAAUGAACGCUUGGAGGCCAAAAUCAAACUCCUGACAAAAGAGCUGAGUGUGCUCAAAGACUUGUUUCUUGAACAUGCCCACAACUUCACAGACAAUGUGCAACCUGUUGGCACAGAGAGCACCUCGACAAACCCAGAUGGCGCCGGACAGUAGAUACUCUUGCCUAGUUCAUAGGCCAGGUAGAGCGGGCACCGCCUUCCCUACAGAUGACAGAUGCAGCAACAAAGAAGGACCUUUUCUUCUAAUCUUUGUAAAACUGUCAUUCUGUGGGUGUCUUUUUUAAAACAGUAGGCUUAACACUGAACGGGGAUGAGCUUAAACUACAACCUAUUUAUUAUUAUUAAGUAUUUGUUUAGAGCGAAAUGUUGAGCUUUUUGCUCUGGCAUUUUUGACUUAAGGCAAAGUGUCAAAAUUGGCAGAUCUCCAUCCCCAAUAUUACCUUGACCAUGGUUGAAACUUUUAGUCAAUUCAUAACUUAGGUUAUCAGUUUUAGGACUUUCUAAUUAAAAGGGCAGCAGUUUUUUAAAAUGCAUAAGUUAUUUUUUAAUAUAGGAACUUGCAAAAAAUCAUGGAAAGCCAGUGCCAUCUUAGGAAACCCAUUCCUCUGUCUUGUAGGGCCUCUUCUAUGGUGGUGUCUGCUUGCAGUGCAUGCUUUUUCUUAAACCGCUUUCUAUGCAGAUUUAUACAGAUCAAAUUGGUCAGCUCAGACUUUUUAAUGGUGGGCAAACCUAAACUAGUUAAUUGAUUUGACUUCAGUAGAAUGUCAAAACAAAUAUGCACAGCAUAGAAAACAGACUUCAUUAUAAAUUCAGCGAUGAUUGGCUCAAAGCUGCUUUAACAACCUUUUAAAAUUUCUUCAGCUGAUUUUUUUUGGGGGGGGUAACGUCAGACUCCUUUCAUGUUUCAGACAUGAAGCUCAAAUUUUGCUGACUUACAAUUGAGGAGAAAGGCUAACUCAAGGCCUGUGCAGAUAUGCUGCAUUCUUUUGGGCCUGUGGGAGGAUUGGCAGCUGAACUGGAGGGAUGGGAAGAAUAUGAGGACUAUGCAGAGAGACCCUUGUUUGUUUUAAAAUGGGAAUCGUGUCCAUGCCCAACCUCCACAAAGGCAGCAUGGUGUAGUGGUCAAGAGCAGCAGACUCUAAUCUGGAGAACUGGGCUUGAUUCCCCACUCCUCCACAUGGAGCUUGCCGGGUGAACUGCAAGAAAGCAGUAUGCAUUUCAAUGACAGUCCAAAAGGGUCCUUACAAAGUGAACCCUUAACCCUCCGGGCAUUGCUUUGUCUGCUGCAGUGACAUUACAUUGUAAAGAAGGCUCUAAUAUUAACUGUGUAUGUAGAAAUGGCACUGUUUCUACUUCCGACAUUUCAGUUCCUAUCUGCUUCCUGUUACCGUUUCAUCCUGUAGGGCCCAGCCCAG